AUGACAAACUUUAAAAUGUCCGACAACAGUGAUUCAGGGAGUGAAGAGAACUAUUAUGACAAAUCAAACGGCAAGGAUUAUGAUGUCUGCCGUGAUUUUUUACGCAAUGUUUGUAAAAGGGGACGUAAAUGUAAAUAUCGACAUCCUAGCAAUGGUGAACAACGUGAGUCAGCCAAUCAAAAAAUAGUCUUCUGCCACGACUAUCAAAACACAGGAUGUCAUCGUGUUAAUUGUAAAUUCUUACACUGUACUCGUGAAGAAGAGGAGACUUAUCACUCCACUCGUCAGCUUCCACCACGUCUGCAUCAAAUAGUUCUGACGGGAAAUGGUGGUGAGGGAUCUAAGUUUGAUAUUCCUAUUUGUAAAGAUUUCCAGAAAGGACAGUGCGUGCGAGGAAUGAAAUGUAAAUACCGGCACGUAAAAAACGACUAUCAACAGAACGGACUCGCUGAGCGCGGGGUAGAAAAUAGAUUUGAUGAUCGUUAUGAAGAAGAAAGAUAUGAGGGAUUCGAUCGCUAUGAUACAUAUAGUGUUGCUAAGCGUCGUCGUGUGGAAUUAGUGAGUUAUCCAGGAUUUGAAGACCGAUAUCGUCCAAUGUCCUAUCAUAUCGUUGAGGAGGAAAAUCUAAUGUUACGACGAAAAGUCGAAGAACUUAAAAAAACUAUUGCAGAUUUGACAGCCACAAAUGAAGUUCUUUUGGAGCAAAAUGCACGCUAUCGUGUGUCAAAAGCUAAUGCAGUGCAGACUUUAACUGGCGGUGAUUUAGCGCAUACUCAAUUGACUCCAGCAGUGACACCUGGUGGGCCAGCGACUGGCAAUUCAUUCAAUAUGAAUUCUACAUUGACUCAACAAAUUUCCAUGAACAGCGAUCUAGCAACCCAGCAUGCUUUGCAGACAGCGCAGCGCAUUGCUUCAGUGAAUGCAGCGGGAAUGAAUGUCACGCCAACCAUAAAUGCAUCCAUGGUUCCCGUUUCCAUGACGCAGACAAUGGUGCCUGUUACUAUGGGACAAAAUAACAUAUCGAUGCAAAACCUCCAAUCGGGUUGCACUAUUACACGUAGCAUUCCGCAAAGUUUUGCAGCCCAUCAGAGCAAUCCACUCAUAUCCUAUCCCAUCAUGUCUCAUUCUAUGAGGACGGCAGCAGUG